AUGUCUGCUCCAGCUCAAAACUAUAAAGUCGCUGAUAUCUCCCUAGCCGCCUUCGGUAGAAAGGAAAUCGAAUUAGCUGAACAUGAAAUGCCAGGUUUGAUGGCUAUCAGAAAGGCUUACGCCGGUGUCCAACCAUUGAAGGGUGCCCGUAUUGCAGGUUGUUUACAUAUGACCAUUCAAACUGCCGUUUUGAUUGAAACUUUAGUUGCUUUGGGUGCCGAAGUUACCUGGUCUUCUUGUAACAUCUACUCCACUCAAGAUCAUGCCGCUUCAGCUAUUGCUGCCUCUGGUGUUCCAGUCUUUGCCUGGAAGGGUGAAACUGAAGAAGAAUACUUGUGGUGUAUUGAACAACAAUUAUUCGCCUUCAAGGAUGGUAAGAAGUUGAACUUGAUCUUGGAUGAUGGUGGUGAUUUGACCUCUUUGGUCCAUGACAAACAUCCAGAAAUGUUGGACGACUGUUUCGGUUUAUCUGAAGAAACCACUACCGGUGUCCAUUACUUAUACAAGAUGGUUAAGGAAAACAGAUUGAAGGUUCCAGCUAUUAACGUUAACGAUUCUGUUACCAAGUCCAAGUUCGAUAACUUGUACGGUUGUAGAGAAUCUUUAAUCGAUGGUAUUAAGAGAGCCACCGAUGUCAUGUUGGCUGGUAAGGUUGCUGUCGUUGCUGGUUACGGUGAUGUUGGUAAGGGUUGUGCUGCUGCCUUGAGAGGUAUGGGUGCCCGUGUUAUUGUCACUGAAGUUGACCCAAUUAACGCUUUACAAGCUGCUAUGGAAGGUUACCAAGUUGACACCAUGGAAUCUGCUUCCAACAUUGGUCAAAUCUUUGUUACCACUACUGGUUGUAGAGAUAUUAUCACUGGUGCUCAUUUCGCUAACAUGCCAGAAGAUGCCAUUGUCUGUAACAUUGGUCAUUUCGACAUUGAAAUCGAUGUCGCAUGGUUGAAGGCUAACGCCAAGGAAUGUAUUAACAUUAAGCCACAAGUUGACCGUUACUUAUUGCCAACUGGUAGACAUGUUAUCUUGUUGGCUAACGGUAGAUUAGUUAACUUGGGUUGUGCUACAGGUCACUCUUCUUUCGUUAUGUCCUGUUCCUUCUCUAACCAAGUCUUGGCUCAAAUUGCCUUAUUUAAGGCUGACGACAAGGCUUUCAGAGAAAAGCACAUUGAAUUCCAAAAGACUGGUCCAUUCACCGUUGGUGUUCAUGUCUUACCAAAGAUUUUGGAUGAAGCUGUCGCUAAGUUCCAUUUGGACAAAUUAGGUGUCCAAUUGACUAAAUUGUCUGACACUCAAUCUGAAUACUUGGGUGUUCCACAAGAAGGUCCAUAUAAGGCUGACCACUACAGAUAUUGA